AUUCGCAUUUCCUCUUACAGCUUCAAAGAAAAGCAAACUGCACAUACAAAAAAAUAUAUACACGUGAUAAAUCCCGAAACAUAUUGUAUCAGCCUAUUUACCUUUAAUAUCUAAAUGUGCAAAAAACAGCAUUAAACUUUUUUACACACCCUCCUUUCCGCCGCCCUCCCCCCCAACAAUUUUCACCUCUCAGCUUCAAAAGUAAUUUCACCUACACCUCCCGUGUACAUAAAAAAACCCCAUGUUUGUUCUAGUUGCGCUGCGCGACACACUAAAGAUCAUUCCUUCGGAGUUCACAAAGUCCCGCGAAGACGCGCUCAAGGAUGAGAUCAACAGCAAAUACACCAACCGCGUUCUGCACGACAUCGGGCUCUGUAUCCUCGUUCAUGACCUGCAGGAAAUCGACGAAGGCUAUGUGCAGCACUCCGAGGGCUGGAUCUGGGUCAAAGUCACCUUCCGCAUGAUUGUCUUCCGCCCAUUCCGAGACGAAAUCCUCCUUGGCCGUGUCCGCAGUGCCAGCGCUCAGGGAAUCCAAGUCACUAUGGGCUUUUUCGACGAUAUCACUAUUCCUGCAGAUAAAAUGCCACAGGGGAGUGAGUUUGAUGCUACCGAGGGUGUGUGGGUUUGGAGGUUUAGUGUUGUGGCUUCGGAGUUCUUGGACGUUAAUCCACCGAGACCCAAGGUUGGUGAUGUUGAUAGUGUGCCGGCUGCACAUCCGCCGCCUUAUGCGCUUAUUGGGAGCAUUGCUGACUCUGGUCUGGGACUGCUGACAUGGUGGUGAAUGGAAUGAAGCUGCAAAAAAUAUAAAAACAUAAAUAAAAAAAGAGGUAUUUGGUUAGUUUUCCCCCCUUUUUGCUAUUGUCCGCUGUUUUAAUAGAUGUUUGAUAAAAAUAAUAUGGAAUUGAUAUGCGUUAACAUUCAGACAUUAGGAUAUAUAUAUCUGGAUCUGGCAGUUUGUGCGCAAAACAAAUUCGCUUGACAGCACUAAGAAUCGCACUGCCACUGCCACUGCCACCGCCACUGCUAAUCUUGAUUUAAUUUAUUCG